ACCUUUUAACCUUUUGUCACAGAAGAUCUACAACGUACAUAAACUUGUAGGGAAGCGAAGACCGUGUCGCCAACCCGCGCGCACCAACCCCCAUUAGACGUAGAUGACUCAUAUAACCCAUAACAACUACACGUAGGUAAAUUUCAAUUAUGACGAAGGAACACCAGGAGGAUGUGUAUAAAGUCAACUAUAAAAGGAACCGUAUUGUUCAUUUUGGAAUACCAAAGAACAGUGAAAGCCAGCUGGGUAGAGCCGAUUUCAAAUGACAUUCACUGUAAGACCAAUUGAAGAGAAGGAUAAGCAAGAAUGGCUGGACAUGUGGAACGGCAAAGGUUCCUACUUGGAGUUCUAUAGCUCCUUAGGCGUAGUUACGCCAGAAGCCACUGAAAACACUCUAAAGAGAUUCUUUGAUCCAAAUGAACCAGUUUAUUGUGUAGUUGCAGUUAAUAAUGAAACCGGUAAACUAAUCGGUUUUGCAAACUAUUUAACACACAGAAACACUUGGACCAUUGAGGACAGCUUGUACUUGAACGACCUGUUCGUGAGAGAAGACUCGAGAUUGCACGGUGUUGGCAGAGCACUUAUUGAGAAGGUUUACUCCGAAGGCGAUCGACUCAACUGUAAAAAGGUUUACUGGUCAACUCAGUUUGAGAAUCACAGGGCCCAAUUGCUCUACACUAAGGUUGGGGUCAAGACUGGCUUCUUAACCUACAGAAAGCCUUAA